UUGCUGCAAAGGUGAAUAUUGGACGUUAAACGCGUGUUUUUCGUGUGCAUUUUGCUUUCUAAAAUCGUUUUUAUACGUUUAAUAGUGAUUGCAAUACUAAAAAAUUUGUAAUUUACCACCAUCUAAGGCACAUAGAACUGUUUUAAAAUGUCGAAAAGGCGUAUAGAAGUCGGUGAAACCUACAAUUCGAAGGCGAAAAAGGAUUAUGAUCCGUCCUCGGCAACGUUUGCUAAUGCCUCUACAGUUGCUCCCACUACCGGCAAUGUAGUUGGUGCCACGCGCCAGCCGGGCGCUAUAAAUCCCUACAAUAUGAAACCCUAUACACAGCGCUACUUUAACCUUUAUAAAAAACGAAUUACGCUACCAGUUUUUGAAUAUCAAGCUGACUUCAUGCGUUUAUUAAACGAACAUCAAUGUAUAGUUUUAGUGGGAGAAACUGGUUCUGGUAAAACCACACAAAUCCCACAAUGGUGCGUUGAGUUUGCUCUGACGAAAGGUAAAAAGGGUGUCGCUUGUACACAACCACGUCGUGUAGCAGCAAUGUCUGUGGCACAGCGUGUUUCGGAAGAAAUGGACGUAGGACUUGGCGAAGAAGUGGGAUAUUCUAUUCGUUUUGAGGAUUGCUCAUCUGCCAAAACCGUACUCAAAUACAUGACUGACGGUAUGUUGCUGCGUGAGGCUAUGUCUGAUCCCAUGUUGGAACAAUAUCAGGUUAUAUUGUUGGAUGAGGCUCACGAACGUACAUUGGCAACAGAUAUUUUGAUGGGUGUACUGAAAGAAGUUAUAAGGCAAAGGAGUGAUUUGAAAUUAGUAGUGAUGUCCGCCACAUUAGAUGCCGGCAAAUUUCAACAGUAUUUCGAUAAUGCACCCUUAAUGAACGUACCGGGUCGUACACAUCCAGUAGAAAUUUUCUAUACACCCGAACCCGAACGUGAUUAUUUAGAAGCAGCAAUACGUACAGUAAUACAAAUACAUAUGUGCGAAGAUAUUGAAGGUGAUAUAUUGAUGUUUUUAACUGGUCAGGAAGAAAUAGAAGAAGCAUGCAAACGCAUUAAACGUGAAACUGACAACUUGGGUUCAGAUAUUGGCGAACUUAAAUGCAUACCACUUUACUCAACUUUGCCGCCAAAUUUACAACAACGUAUUUUUGAGCCUGCCCCACCGCGCAAUGCUAACGGGGCCAUCGGACGUAAAGUCGUUGUAUCCACCAAUAUUGCUGAAACAUCGCUUACCAUUGAUGGUGUUGUUUUCGUGAUUGAUCCAGGAUUUGCGAAACAGAAAGUCUACAACCCACGUAUACGUGUAGAGAGUUUACUUAUUUCCGCUAUAUCUAAAGCUUCGGCACAACAACGUGCUGGUCGUGCUGGGCGUACACGGCCAGGAAAAUGCUUCCGAUUAUACACUGAAAAGGCUUAUAAAAAUGAAAUGCAGGAUAAUACCUACCCGGAAAUAUUGCGUUCAAAUUUAGGUACUGUUGUUUUACAAUUGAAGAAGCUUGGUAUUGAUGAUUUAGUGCACUUCGAUUUUAUGGAUCCACCUGCACCAGAAACACUUAUGCGUGCUCUGGAAUUGCUUAAUUACUUAGCAGCUUUGGAUGAUGAUGGCAAUCUUACCGAUUUGGGUGCCGUCAUGUCUGAAUUUCCAUUGGAUCCACAGUUGGCAAAAAUGUUAAUAGCCAGCUGUCAACAUAAUUGCUCGAAUGAGAUACUUUCAAUAACGGCAAUGCUGUCGGUGCCACAAUGCUUUGUGCGACCGAAUGAGGCUAAGAAAGCUGCCGACGAGGCAAAGAUGCGUUUCGCUCAUAUCGAUGGUGAUCACUUGACAUUAUUGAAUGUCUAUCAUGCUUUUAAACAGAGUGGUGAAGACCCCAAUUGGUCUUAUGAGAAUUUUAUAAAUUUCCGUUCAUUAAAAUCAGCCGAUAAUGUGCGACAACAACUCGCACGUAUAAUGGAUCGUUUCAAUUUGAAGCGCAGCAGCACAGAAUUUACAUCGAAAGACUAUUAUGUCAACAUACGCAAAGCAUUGGUGCAGGGCUUUUUCAUGCAGGUCGCUCAUUUGGAACGUACCGGCCACUAUUUGACCAUUAAAGACAAUCAAAAUGUGCAGUUGCAUCCGUCUACAUGUUUAGAUCAUAAACCCGAUUGGGUAAUCUAUAAUGAAUUCGUAUUGACGACGAAGAAUUAUAUACGCACAGUUACGGAUAUUAAACCGGAAUGGCUGCUCACUUUAGCUCCACAAUACUACGAAAUGACAAACUUUCCACAAUGCGAAGCAAAAAGACAAUUGGAAAUGCUGCAGCAGCGCCUUGAGUCGAAGCAGUUUCAAAAGGGAUUUUAAUUUAAACGCUGCCGCAACAUGCGCCAAUAACAAUUCCAAAAGUUUUGCCUUUUAUUUCACUGUUAUCUCUAAGUUACCAUAAACAACAAUUUGUUUGAUUGCAUACACAUAUGUAUACAUAGUUCGAUAAAUUAGUUUUUCGCAACAAACUUAUUACAAUUUUCAACCGACAAAUUCUACGUCCACAGUUCUUUAAUAAUUUUAAUAACAACAAUAAAUGCGCGUUUCAUUAUUUUUUCAAAGCAUAAAAGUUUAUUAAUAUUGCACUGAAAUGUCGUAUCACGUGAUUUUGAAGUUUGCAAAUUAAAAAAUAUGAAUAGCAAGAGCUUACAUAUAUACUUAUAUACAUACAUAUAAAAUAAACGAUACAUGUAAUAUAUGGUUAAUGAUGCAAUUUUCGACUACUAUAUACAUAUACAUCUAAUAUCGCAGAACUAACAUUUGAUGAAUUUUAUCUGAAUGAAUUGGGUUUAGCAGUAGAAAAUAUACA